AUGCAUAGUCAGAAAUAUACAAGAAGAAAUAAAUGUACUGUAUGUUCUAGUCUUUUACUUAAUCCAAAUAGCACCGGAGAAUAUUUCUGUGAGAAAUAUUUUCUUCAAUUUUUAAUUGAUUUACAAAAGAUAAUUAAUGAUCAAAAUAAAGUAGAUGAGCAUUUUAAAAAUUCGAUAUUUGCUGAUGAAGAUAAUAUUAAUCAAACAUCAUGUGUUGGUUUAACAUUGAUGCAUAUUAAUAUACUUGGUGGUCGUCAAGAAUCUAAUGAAAAUGAAAAUGAAGUUGAACAAGAGAAUAAUACAUUUAUUCCACCAUAUGAAGAAUUAUCAGCAUUACAUAUUUGUCAAAUACUUUUAAAACGUGGUGCAUCACCAAAUGGGAAUCCUUUUUAUGAGAUGCGUCCAUUACAUAUUGCUAUUCGACGAGAAUGGACACAAGUUGCUCGUAUUUUACUAGAAGCAGGUGCGAAUCCAAAUAUUUCCGAAAAAGAUAUAUAUGCAUCUCGACCUAUAGAUAUUGCUGUACUUAAUGAUGACCCCAGAAUGAUUGAAUUACUUCAUAACUAUGGUGCAAGUUUAAAUGGAAUUAAAUCCAUGCAUCAUCUUGCACCGCUUGCUGAAGCAUUUGUUCGCGGUUAUUUUAAUGUAUUCAAAACUUUAUUAGAACUUGGUGCUCAUCCAUCUAUAAAUCUUCAUCGAAAUACAAUUCGUUCAUUUGGUGUACAAUUAUUCGAUACAAAUUUAAAAGGACGCCGACAUUAUAUACAAUUAAUGUAUGACCAUGGAGCAAAUAUUGAAUCUCAAUUUCAAUUACAUGCAAUACGUAUUGAACCAGAUGGUAUUAAUUAUUUUAAACCACGUUUAGAAUUUUGUUGCGAACCUAUUUGUGUUGUUGAACUUGAUCAAUCUAUAUUCAUAAAAUGGAUUUGUGAAACUCGAACAUUAAAAGAACUCUGUCGUUUAAGUCUUCGCCGGUAUUUUUUUAAUUCAUUCAAUGAUGGUUUUAAACGUCUUUCAACUCUCAAAGAUCAAAGUCAAUUAAAUAAUCAAUUGUAUAAAUAUAUUAUGUUUAAUAAACAAACAUAA